ACAAAUUCUGUGAUGCAGCAAGGUGGGCAAACUGUAUCUUUAAAUUAUGGCAAAAGAGUAAACGAGGGUCCUCAUCAAUCAAUGAACAGACCGUUAAAGAUGAUGAAAGUUGAGGAUAGGAGAAACACUUCACUCCCUGGAGGUCAUGCGUCUAAUUCAAUGCUUCCGAAUCAAGUACAAGCUCCCCAGGCACAUAUCUCCCCCGAUGUUCAGUCAACACUGCUCCAGCAAGUAAUGAACCUUACGCCAGAACAGCUGAGAUUACUGACUCCAGAGCAACAGCAAGAGGUCUUAAAGCUGCAACAAGCGCUCAAGCAAGACCACAUGAUGCAGCCUUCAUAACAUUGAGGGGAAAGCAACUCGGUUGGUCGAUUUCAUUGCAGAGAGCAAAAAGGAUUUUUUUUGCAUGCAAAUCACACCAUAGAAAGAAGAAGGCUCUCUCACCUGAAUUGGGGCGAGUGAUUGUACGAUUAGUGUAGCAUUUAUUUGUGCUGAGUUUGUCUUAUAGAAGAAACAUUCAGCCUUCAAAAUAUAAAAGGAAAGAGAAAGUUAUAAAGUUCAAAGUCUCCGAAACUGUGUUCCUCUCUUUUUUAUUUCCGUUACUGUCUUAUUUCCUGCAUUAACAACACACAACUCUCCUUUGGAUUUUAAUCCCGCACUUGGUUUGGUCA